AUGGCAAAUCCAGAUCUUAUUGUCCUCGAUCACAAUUUCACCCUCUGCCACAGUGCCCUCAUGACAGAUGUUUCACCCGGUGAUCUCACCAUUAUCCUAACGACCUCUCCGACGCCCUCGAUCCCAUCUACCGAGCUGAUUUGUGGUGUCCUGGAAUCACUCCCACCAUUGCUCGCCCUCGUUCCACUGAUCAUCACAUUCGACAGCUUCACAAUAUGUCAGAACGAAAACUAUGUCGACGGUCGACUGAAACGAGGCCAAGUCCCCGCUCGGAUGGCAGAAGCUUAUCCUGACUAUAUCGACAAAGUCAAGCGACUCUUUGCGCAAGAUGAACUCCAGCCAGCCACGGACGUGAGAACGGACGCCCUGGUCUUCAAGUCUCACCAAUCCAGAGACGUGACAAUCAUCCAGCAUCAGCGGCAUCAGGGGUUCGCCUUGAGUGUCAAGACUGCCAUCCGUUAUUGCAGCACACCGUAUGUGAUGGUCCUGCAACACGAUUGGGUCUUUGAGAUCUCGCCUCCUAUUACACAACUGCUACAAAUCCUUCGUGACGAACAGGAGGUCAACUAUAUUACCUUUGUGACAAGGUACUCCAAGCGAUACGAGCACAGAAUGAGCAAGUCCAACCCUCGUUCGCGUGCGGUGCUCGAUACAACCAAAGGCCUGCGUCGUGGACGGGAGCUUGACUCCGAUCUCGUUGCCUGCCUUCACUUCUUUGAUCGGCCCCAUCUUGCCGUGGUCCAAAUGUAUCGAGAUUUGUUCGACAAUUAUCCAGGGCUUCGGGCAGGUGACUUCCUUGAGGACUCGAUUGGGACAAAAUUUUCAAACUCCAUAAGGAACGCAUGCACAAACGAGGAAGCCAUAGCGGCGUGGAACACAAUCAGAACCUGGAUGUACGCUCCGAAUAGGGGUGAAUCCCGAGGACUUCGACAUACUUCAGGACGGACCACGUUGACGGGAACGGAGCAAAAGGCACGAAUUGCGGCAUACAUCCAAGAGAAUCAGCAAGCCAAACUCGAAGGCCGUGAGCCACGAUACCGCCAUCUAGUCGACGGCAUGAUCGACCGCUGA